GGAGCGUCGCUUGCUAUCACCGUAUAAAUAUCCGCGAAUUCUCUGGUAGAUUCGAGUAGAAGCAAAAGCAGAAGCAGGUGCAACAUGCGUGCAACAGUACUGUGUCUCCUCGGUCUUGCUGGCGCCGUGUGCGCCCUGCAACUUCCCUCACUUCUUCCUCCAAAAUCGCUGGUUAACGCUGGUUCCUCAUUAUUGAACGGAAAUAUUCCUAAUUUAAACCCUGUACCAUCUAAAAAGCCUGACCAAUCAGACCAAUCAAGUUCGUCUGAAGAAGAUGAUGACAAACAAACUCUGAAACUUGCCGAUGAUUUGACAAAAAGGCUUAUUAAGGUCGUCCAGAAUGGACUGGGUACAAUGAAGUCAACAGCAGAGCUACCAUUCAAAAUUGGCUUUGGACUAGUAAACUCACUCGUAACUGAAACUCAAAACUGGAUGAAAGAAACGAUACCAGUCUUUCAAAAGGACGCUCAGCAGACGUUCAGUCUAUCCUUACAAUUGGCAAAUAGUAUUGUCAGGGAUAUCAUAAGGUCUAUUGAAAACGUCGGAUACAAUUUGGCCCAUGGUUUCUUAGUGACUGAGGAUUUGAAAAGAAAUAUUAACGCAGAUGUCGCAAGAUGGUUGAAGGACAUUCUUUCACCUCCGGCAAGACAAUCAGGGAAAUCCUCGAAUCACAAUGAAAACAGCGAUGAAACAAACUCGAGGCAGCGGAGAGGUCUCGGAGACAUUUUGUCGGGAGUAGCAAGUGGCUUCGGUCAGCUACUUAAUGCCAGUCCUAUUGGAAACUUGGCAGCUGCUUUGUCUUCGGUUGACUUCAGCCAAAUCACCGAACCUAUACCUCAAAUAGAGGAACCAGCGGAUGUAAACGACUUGGCCGAUCUUCCUGGAUUAAAAGAUAAAAUUCAGCAAGCGAGGAAUUUGACGACUCAAACUCUUUCCCCUGGAGAGGAGGAUCUUCCCGCUGCUAUUCAAUCAGCUCUAAACAACGCGGUACAGAGUGAGAAUCCUGUUGGCAACAUAUUUAACCUGGAACGUAAUAUCCUGGCGAUAUACAAUAAUGAGGCAAACAGCAGCCCAGUUCCUGAAGUAAGCGACGCCAUAAAUCAGGAAGGUUUGCAACUGGUUAAAGAGUCCAUUGACAGUUUGCUGAGUGUUUUAUCGCAAGACGUUCAAGAUUUAGUGAAAUCUAUUCUUGAUUGAGAUGAAAAAUUAUAAUAAAUGAUGCUUUUAAUUGAAAAUUAAAUUUGUAUAGGGCAUAUAACAUGUACAUUGUAGAAAAUAUAGAUGCAUUUCAAAUAAA